AAACCAGUGACACACACACACACACACAUAUGCACCCCCCCUCUACGUAAUGUGUUGCUCCACCAGCAUCAAACUUGAAGUCCGUGACGACGACUCGCAAGGGGAGCAUCACUUCCACAGAGAAAAAAAAAGUCUGAUAGCAAGCUCCUGGAGACCCACCACAAAAAUGCUGCAAAGGCUCAAGUGCGCGCUCAUUUUCGGGGAAGGCUUUCUUUAAAUUGUCCACUCCAGCCCAGACAAGGUCACCUUGCGUGGCAUUGAUGAGUGGAGCGCUGGAGAUCUGCUCAAGUCUAUUUUAGACUGCACCUCCUCGCCCUCAUAACCGGUCCAACUUCAAGCAACACAUUCUUCUUUCUUCUCUCCUCACCAGUGAGACAAGACAAGGGAUUUUAAAAAAAAGGGAAUUUACAGAAAACCACCAGGAUAUUUCUUUAUUUAUUUUUGGAGUGGGGAAGGAGCUGAGCUGAGGACUUUUUUUUGUGUGUGGAUUGAUGGCGUCUGCACCUUCCUCCUCCUCCGAUGGAGAUCCGGAUCCCAACGCGACGAAUUUCCGAGCACCGGGAUCAAGCUACGACGCUUGGUGUGGAGUUGCCCACGGAUGUACAAGGAAACUGGGCAUGAAGAUAUGUGGGUUUUUGCAAAAGAACAACAGUCUCGAGGAGAGGAGCAGGUUCGCGGGGUCCCUCAAGGAGCGCGCGGCCAGGAGCCUCGUGCUCUCCUGUGACAACAGUGGCGGGGGCGCGCGAUUCACGCGCACAGAGACCGACUUCUCCAACAUGUUUGCCAGAGAUCUCCUACCUGCCAAAAACGGUGAGGAGCCCACCAUGCAGUUCUUGCUGGAGGUGGUGGAAAUCCUCACCAGCUACAUCCGCAAAACCUUUGACAGAUCCACCAAGGUCCUGGACUUCCACCACCCCCACCAGCUGCUGGAAGGCAUGGAGGGCUUCAACUUGGAGCUCUCCGAUCAGCCCGAGUCCCUGGAGCAGAUAUUGGUGGACUGCAGGGACACGUUGAAGUAUGGCGUGAGGACAGGCCAUCCCAGGUUCUUCAACCAGCUGUCCACUGGCUUAGACAUUGUUGGCUUGGCAGGGGAGUGGCUUACAUCCACGGCCAACACCAACAUGUUCACCUAUGAGAUUGCGCCCGUCUUCGUACUGAUGGAGCAGCUGACGCUGAAGAAGAUGAGAGAAAUCAUCGGCUGGCCCGAGGGGGAGGGGGACGGAAUAUUCUCCCCAGGAGGAGCCAUUUCCAACAUGUACAGCGUGAUGAUUGCACGAUACAAGUACUUCCCGGAGGUCAAAACCAAAGGCAUGGCAGCUGCACCGCGACUGGUCCUCUUCACCUCUGAGCAUAGUCACUACUCCAUCAAGAAGGCCAGCGCGGCUCUCGGCUUUGGAACCGACAACCUGAUCCUGCUCAAGACAGAUGAAAGAGGGAGAGUCAUUCCUGCUGAUUUGGAAGCCAAAGUGAUUGCCGCCAAGCAAAAGGGGUAUGCUCCCAUGUAUGUGAACGCCAUGGCCGGCACCACCGUCUAUGGAGCUUUCGAUCCCAUCAACGAAAUUGCAGACAUCUGUGAAAAGUACAACAUGUGGCUUCAUGUGGAUGGGGCGUGGGGGGGAGGAUUGCUCAUGUCCAGGAAACACAGACACAAGCUGAAUGGAGUCGAGAGGGCCAACUCAGUCACUUGGAACCCUCACAAGAUGAUGGGGGUACCGCUGCAGUGUUCCGCCAUUUUGGUCCGAGAGAAGGGUUUAUUGCAAGGCUGCAACUCCAUGUGCGCUGGCUACCUUUUCCAGCCAGACAAGCAGUACGACGUGGCGUACGACACCGGAGACAAGGCUAUCCAGUGUGGGCGCCAUGUGGACAUCUUCAAGUUCUGGCUGAUGUGGAAAGCAAAGGGAACCGUAGGAUUCGAACAACAUAUCGACAAGUGUCUGGACCUGUCAUCAUACCUUUAUUACAAAAUAAAAGGCAGAGAAGGUUUCAAGAUGGUGUUUGACGCAGAGCCGCAACACACCAACGUCUGCUUCUGGUACAUUCCGCCGAGCCUACGCAGCAUGCCUGCUGGUGAGGAGAGACAGCAGAGGUUGCACAAGGUGGCCCCGAAGAUCAAGGCCAUGAUGAUGGAGUCCGGCACCACAAUGGUGGGCUACCAGCCUCAAGGAGAGAAGGUCAACUUUUUCCGCAUGGUCAUCUCCAACGCGGCCGCCACCAGGUCAGAUAUCGACUUUCUGGUGGAGGAAAUUGAGAGACUGGGACACGACUUGUAAGGACAACACAUACAUUGUGAUGUGUAUCAUACACACACACACACACACCAGACCCCUCAUGAGGAAUACCUGAACUCCGAAACAGGAGCUGUGCCAAAAAUGAUAAUAGUAAAACAUUUAACAAUACAAGCGGUCCUCGGGUUGCCAAGUGGAAACUUCUACCAAAAGCAUCGCUAAAAACGAAAAAAAGUCACUCACACUGUGCAUACAACACACAAAUACACACAUAAAAAGAUAAUAUACAAGAAUGACGUGAAAGAGACAGCACACCGAAUCCAUGACCCCUCUAGCUUUCAUUAGCAGAGGUGUUGACAUGACUUAUGGAACUUGACCUCGACUCAGGUCACAGUUUUGAUGACUUUGGACUUGACAAUAUCAUUAAAGACUUGGACUUUGACAUCAGUGACUUGACAUCGGGACUUGAAUCAGACUUUAUUCUAAGGACUUGACAAUACUUGGGACUUUAGUGUGUUGAGUAUCAUGUGUCCUCAUUCCAAGUAUUCAACAAACCUGACUAUUUUUACAGCAAGACACCAAAUUUUCCCACAGAAUCUGCCUCACUGAAUGCAUCAUUCAACAUCCAAUCAGGUUUUAGAACAAACAACGAGGGUGUGGCUUCCAUUUCUGUGUGUCAAUAUGCCGCCAUGGAUAAUUUAAUUAGCAAAUUCGCAAAUGACUUAUUUUUAAUAAAUCAAAACUUUCCAGGCUAUGACUUUAGACCAGACUCGACCUGUCUUGUCUUGACUUAAGACUUGAAUUGGACUUCAUACCUGAAAAACACAGACCGUGUCCCCCCUCUGUUCAUUAGCAUUCAAUCAACUUUACUCUUUAAUGGCAGUAACGAAAGUCGAAAGGUUGGGACCAAAAGAGCUUUCCUUUUCUUUAGCGCACUGCUGCUUGGGAGGCAUAGUAAAGUGUAAAACGUGAACAUGAUAAUAAUUAUCAGGUUGAUAUGAGGAAAUUAUGACCUCGUACUGAUAAAUUCAAUAACAUAAAACAUAGUGCUGAGGACCCCCUGUAUGUUUAUCAUUGGGGUUGUAAUCCAUAUUAGAAGGAUCUUUGACCAUAAGCCUUGAGUAGUUGGCUUGUGUACCUAACAUUGUGGUCUGUCAUGGUCGGGGUCCGCAGAUGAGUGUCAUCUCCGUCGGCAGACCAGGAAUAACGUCAUGUAUUCUAUGCAGAAUCAUUUGAGAAGGUUAAAAAAAGAGCACAAGCUUCUAGCAUUCAUGUCAUUGAAUAAACACGUUGGUGCACCAUGUUAUGCAGUAUAAUACAGUAUACCGUGAUAUACAGAAUAAUACAGUAUACCAUGAUAUACAGAAUAAUACAGUAUACCAUGAUAUACAGAAUAAUACAGUACACCAUGUUAUACAGUAUAAUACAGUACACCAUGAUAUACAGAAUAAUACAGUAUACCAUGUUAUGCAGUAUAAUACA